AUGACAAUUUUUCAGAGGAAACAGGGAAAGGAGCCAUGGAAAUUCGCUGGUCAAAUAGCCGGCUUUAAAACCCAGUACAAAGGUCUAACAUUCCUGACCGUUCGUGGUGCUGGACAUAUGGCACCGCAGUGGCGCGCUCCACAAAUGCAGUUCAUUAAAUCGGAACAUGAUCCAAACAAAGACCCACUAUUGUUUUGGUACAACGGUGGUCCCGGAUGCUCUUCUUUGUAUGGCCUCUUACGAGAAAUCGGUCCUUACCUCGUAAAUGACGACGGAAAAACACUGCGCCGCAAUGCUCAUGCUUGGACAAAAGUUCUUUACUGUUUUGUUUUUGCUACUGUUGAGCUAUUGUUUAUUCAGAGUUUCCAGGUUGCUUCGGUAGUGUUUGUUGAAUCACCUGUAGGUGUUGGUUUCUCGUACGAUGCCGAAGAAAACAAUAAAAAUUCCGACGACCAGACAGCGCGGGAAAAUUACGCGGCAGUGAAAGCGUUUUACCAGGAAUUCCCAUGGACGCGUAGCCGGCCAUUGUAUUUGGCCGGUGAAAGCUACGCGGCUAUCUAUAUUUCAAUGCUUGCUGAGUUAAUUCUGCUUGGACAAUCCGGUUUUCCCGUUUUGCUUGAGGGUAUUGCAAUUGGAAAUGGAUAUUUGAGUAGGGAAAAGCAAAUAGAUACGAUGUUACGAUAUGCGCAUGCACACGGUCUGAUAGGCAGGAGAACGUGGAAUCUGCUGGAGGAGAAAUGCUGCCCAAAAUGUCCAGAACGCUGCUCAUUGGGAAAAUCAGAAGAGUCAGCCUGUUCAUCACAGGUCGAUUUGUUUCCAAUGUCAGUUAUAUUUUACUAA